CAGAGAAGUAAAAAAGAUUUCUCAAGGACCGAUCAAAUCGCAUUCUCUUCCUGUGGUUUGAAAAGAAAAAGAGGAGAGGAAGAUGAUAAGAACUCGGUUGAUAUGGUUCGGUGUGGGGUUUUCGGUGGCAGGAACUGCAGUUUCCCGCUUGGUCUGGAGAGACAUUGGGAUCGAUCGCUACGCUCUCUUCUCUGAUGUGAAGCAGAAAUUUGAUGCUCUGGAAGCCAGAGUCUUUAACCUCGAGGCAGUAUCUUAUCCGAAAUCGAGUUCCGGUCAGGCUGAAGGCUAGCUUUAUUUGAAGCUCAGAUCCAUGUUACGUACAGGAAAAGAGGACUAAAUAAACUUUAUAAUCUUCUGGCAUAACUCGUCUGUUACGUUUCUUAUCGAAAGUUGAAGAAUGUUUCUUAUGAAAAGCACAAUGUACCACAGGUGAUCUAGAAAUCUUGACAUGUCUUUCUUCCUUGUAACGAGGAAAAAGGAAAAAAAAAAAAAAAAAUUGUUUUUCUUUGUUGUUUUGACAUUA